CAACACAACCAUCCCGUUAAGAACCGGUGAAUGACUCUUCCAAUGAGAGUCUUAAAAUCGCAAAUGAUGGUUUCUGAUUUCUAAAUCGCAAGUUAGUGUAUACGAUUUUGAUGAGUAUAUUUUGAAUGACUUGUUUGACAGAGCAAUCGGAAAGCUAAACUUUGCCGGUGAUGUUAACGGCGGAGGCUUGCCGUCUAACGCCCUUGAAACAUGGCUGUAGUAGUUGGCUGAAUAUCAAUAGAGGUUACUAUUUCAAAGUGAUGAUGAAUGGUUGGGAUUACAAGCAGAGGCCCUUUUCCAAAAAACAAAUAAACUAUGACAAACCUAUGUGGCCGGAACUUGCAAUCCUCAGCUGCUAGAGCCCUUUCAUCACUACACAUUCAGGCCAUCCCAGAUGAUGAAAUCUCAUAUCUGGAAAAGCUGCUAGAUGAAGAGAAAAACAUUACACCUCAGAGCCAAAAGUUUCCGAUUUGCAAUGAAUUACUAAAGCAAGAGAUAUUGAGGGUAACUGACAUAAUUUCCCGACAUAGUUGUAAUGAUGUCAAUAGUCUGCAAUUUGGAAGCCUGAAUCUUUCAAAUCCUUUGGACAUGAUGCAUGAUGUGAACACUAUAUCUUUAACUUCUUCAGAUGGAAAUUCCGGCUGGAACUCUUACCAACAUCAGGCAUUUGGUGUGCAACAAGGACCACCAAUUGAUCACAGGAAUGUAGCACUGGCCAGGAAUAAUUCGUUAAUGACAAAGAAGAUAUUGCGCUUGGAUGUGCCUGUCGAUAGCUUCCCUGGUGUAAGUCAUUUCAACUUUGUGGGCAGGCUUCUAGGUCCUAGAGGAAAUUCUUUGAAGCGAAUAGAAGCUCGUACUGGAUGUCGUGUCUUCAUCAGAGGAAGGGGUUCCAUGAAAGACCCUCGGAAGGAAGAGCAUUUCAGGAGAAGACCAGGCCUUGCACAUCUAAAAGAACCACUUCAUGUAUUGAUCGAGGCGGAAUCGCCUGCAAACAUAGUUGAUGAACAGCUGAAACAAGCACAGGAAAUCAUUGAAGAAUUGCUCAAACCUAUGAGCAAGUCUCAGGAUUUAUAUAAACGGCAACAGUUGCAAGAAAUGGCUAUGCUCAAUUAUCUCUUUCCAGAGGAUGCCUCUAAGCCUAGCAGCAGCGCAUCUCAUUGCAGAUCUGGUGCAUUGAAGGGCACUACAAGACUAGGAACCAUGUAGUCCCUUCUGUAUUGCUUACCCCUUGAUACAUUUCCGUUGUCUAAUGGCUGGCUAGUAAAUGAUGUACAGAGUCUGUUCAAGUGUUAUUGUCCCUUUUUUAUGUUGCAGUUUUAUGUUGUUUGAUGUCGUGUAACUUUCGACACCGUGGUUGCUUUUUCUUAUGUGGGUUAAAAAAUUUUCGAGUCAAAGUUUUAUGUUUUAUGCGCAA